AUGAAAUUGCUUACUUUAAACAUGUGGCUCAUCAAUUCGCUCUCCUUCAAAAAGUCUCCUCCACCAUUUAAGAAGGAACGAACGGAGGGAUUUUUAAGACAUUUAGCAAACGGUUUUGAUGAAUUUGAAAAUUGUGUUUUGGAGGAAACAACAAGCCGAUCCAAAAAGAACAAUUCCGAUCACCUUCAUCAUGAUGAUCGAGCCAUCUCAACAACAACAGGAGGCAUUGAAUCUUCGUGUGUGAUCGCAGAUGAAAAAAUUACAAAGAAAAACAAAGAACAACAAAAAUCAGGCAAGAUAGCAACAACGUCUCACAAAAUGUUUGAUGUGGUUGUCUUGCAAGAAGUGUUUCGAUAUGGAAAUACUUUUUUGAAUUAUUUGAAAAUACCUUUCAUGAACUGA